CGGUACAGUAAAAGGACAUGAAUACAUUUUUAUUAAUGGUAUAAUUAUAUAAGAGAGGCUUCAAUAACCAGGCCUACGGAAUUCUUGGAACAGUGGAAUCAGCUCUCUUGAGAUCACUAUGAUGUUGGGCAUAGUUUUUCUUGGUGUCUUGGGCGUGUCCAUGGCCGAUGUAAUGACGCGAGAGAAUAAGGAGAUCAUUCUCAGCCUACACAACGAGGGACGGGAGGCACUGAAUCACAACCAAGUUCCCAACGAACCUGGAGCGGCUGAUAUUCCUGAUCUCACAUGGAACGAAAACUUGGCGAGAAAAGCUAAGCAACAUGCAGACACGUGUCAGUUCAAGCAUUCAACAAGCCCUAAGUACGGAGAGAACCUGUAUAUUGAGAAGUCAAGUCGGUCGGAAGCAGAGGUUAUCAGGAGAGGUUUCAUCGCUUGGUGGGAGGAGGUGGGCACGUUCCGAUUCAAUGACAAGUCAUGCAACCCUACUCAGAGUUGCCAUUACUCACAGGUAGUCUGGGAGGAGACCCGUGAACUUGGCUGUGCUUUAAAGAACUGCCACACUAUCCCUCAGUUCCGAGGCUUUACGGACGUAUGGUUCCUGGUCUGUUACUACGACCCAAAGGGUAAUUGGAUCGGAGAGGAAGCAUACCAGCCAGCUAAAUAAAGACUUCAAAGGAUGGAUACUAAUAGACGACGUUGGACUGGAUGUUGUCUAUUAAACAUGUUAAUGUGAAAACAAAAUAAAGCAAAGUGAAUGCAAAAAGGCGCAUACUCAAA